AUGCGGCUGCGCGUCGAGGACUUAAGCGAACUCAAGGAGGCCUUUGACUCGCACGAAGGCGGCGUCGACCUUUGCAACUUUGUCAGCGUCCUCCUCGACAAGCUCGAGUGGACCGACGCGACGCCGCGCUGCGUGCAGUACAUCCCUGAGCUCAAGCGCAUCUUUGCCUUUGAGAGCUCGCGCCCCGUGAUUCAGGUGUUUGAUCCGUCGGCGAUUCUGGCCGCCGAGAGCGGCGCGAUUGAGCAGAACGAGCCGCCGCGAACGGGAGACCAGCCGACGACGCCAGCGUUCACGCUGCCGCUCUUGCACGAACUACACCCGCUCUGCUACCAACACGGCUACCGCAAGGACCAGGACCAAGUGCGCUCCGAGCGCAGCCCCGUGCAGGUCGAUCCUCUCUCCACGCGCCCUUGGCUUCACGCGUAG